UGUUCUCACUCAUUGGCUUUUACAAGCCCGUGCAGUUCGUCGAACUGAUGAGCUCCAGCAUAGUGCCGCCCGUCAAUGAAGAUUUCGUGGGUCUGGACGCGGAUGACCCGAGAUUGAUCGAUUACAUCCGCCAACACGUCAUCGUGCCUCCCUCCACCGAACCCUACAAUUUGUAUUAUGGGAUCAACCAUGACCCUUCAGACGGCCAGUCGAAAGUUGUUGACGAACUACUAAAUCGAAAGCGAAAUGGUUUUUACAUCGAGAGUGGAGGUUACACGGGCGAAGUGGUGAGCAACACUUUAUUUUUUGAAAUUAAUCGAAAUUGGACCGGGAUCCUGAUUGAGCCUAACCCGAGGAACUUUGCGAAGUUAUUGUCUAGGAAGCGAAAAGUGCACUCAGCUAAAGCGUGCAUUGGAGAAACCAAAUCAGCUGACAAGACGUUAUCCGUGGAGUACAACCUCAUCCCAGAAGGAAUGCCUGCACUGAUUGACUUCAUGAAGUCUAAAGGAUACAUCUACUACAUGAAAUUCAUCCGGCCUUAUACACACGACCUUAUUUUCGUCAAACAGGAAGUGAUGGAUCAUACAAGCGUCCAAUAUUGA